CAGAAUGAGUGCACGGGCGGAGGAUGUUCAGGAGAAAUGGGAAAGCAAAUGACUGAAUCUUUCAAGGCUUCUGACUUGAUUAUCACCCCAGCUACGACGUUCAAGGAAAAGCCAGACCCCACUGGUUUGGUGUUUGGAACUGUGUUCACUGAUAAUAUGCUGACAAUUGAAUGGUCCUUGGCUUCAGGAUGGGAGAAACCCUAUAUUAAGCCACUGGAGAACCUCUCAUUACAUCCAGCCUCCUCUGCCCUGCAUUAUGCUAUAGAACCAAGAGGACAGACAGAGGAGAAUCUGGUGUCAUUGCUGUGGCUCAAUGAAUACACACUGUUCGAAGGGAUGAAGGCGUACCGAGGAGUGGAUGGCAAAAUCCGUCUGUUCCGGCCAACCCUGAACAUGGACCGGAUGGCACGAUCAGCACGGAGAACAACUCUGCCAUCUUUUGACCAGAACGAGCUGUUAGAGUGCAUCUGUAAGCUUGUGGAAGUGGAACAGGAGUGGGUCCCACACUCAACCUCUGCCAGCCUGUAUAUCCGUCCGACCCUAAUUGGAACUGAGCCUUCCCUUGGAGUGAAGAAGCCGACUAAAGCCCUACUGUAUGUCAUACUGAGCCCUGUGGGCUCUUACUUUGCAAGUGGAAGCUUUAAUCCAAUAUCCUUAUGGGCAGAUCCAAAAUACGUAAGAGCAUGGAAAGGGGGAACAGGAGAUUGCAAACUGGGAGGGAAUUAUGGUUCUGCUAUUUAUGCCCAGCAGGAAGCCCUGGAGUUUGGCUGCCAGCAGGUUUUGUGGCUCUAUGGAGAAGAUCACCAAAUAACUGAAGUUGGAACAAUGAAUCUCUUUCUCUACUGGAUAAAUGAAGAUGGAGAAAAUGAACUAGCAACGCCACCUUUAGAUGGCAUCAUCCUUCCUGGAGUGACAAGGCAAAGCAUUUUGGAUCUGGCACUCAACUGGGGAGAAUUCAAAGUGUCUGAGCGAUACAUCACCAUGAGUGACCUGACAGCUGCCUUGGAAGAGAGCAGAGUAAAGGAGAUGUUUGGUGCUGGAACAGCUUGCAUUGUAUGUCCCAUCUCUAAAAUUUUAUAUAAGGGCAAGCACUUGCACAUUCCAACUAUGGAGAAUGGGCCUGAGUUAACAACUCGUUUCCUGAAUAAGCUAAGUGAUAUCCAGUAUGGAAGAGAAGACAGCGAUUGGACAGUGCUGGUGUCAUGA